AGUGCUUUAGCCCUUUUUAAAGCAAGAAUCACCGUCUUGAGCGCCUUGCGCGCUCAAGAACAAGCAAGGGAUGAGCGCUUUGUUGCUAAAGCGGAUACGUUUUCUUGCUGGGGAAGGCUAGUUUGAUCGAGGAUUGGAGAGGAGGGAGAGGUGGAAUAAAAAGCUCGGGAUGGAUUUUGGAGUCUUUGUGCGAGCCGUAUGCGGUGAGAGUCGCACGUACGGUAAGGAGGGGGGUUCGCGUCUAUACGUGUAGUGUGGUGGUUGGGCCUACCCACCCUAUUUGUUCCAUGAUCUAUGGGUCUACUGGAGCUACCCACUUCGAUCAAUUAGCCAAGAUUUUGACCGGAUACGAAAUCACUGGUGCUCGAUCUAGUGGUAUUUUUAUGGGGAUUCUUUUUAUCACUGUAGGAUUCCUAUUCAAGAUUACUGCAGUUCCUUUUCAUAUGUGGGCACCUGAUAUCUAUGAGGGUUCACCCACCCCGGUGACAGCAUUCCUUUCUAUUGCGCCUAAAAUCUCUAUUUCUGCAAAUAUGUCACGUGUUUCUAUUGUUGCUUCCUAUGGGGGUACAUUACAACAAAUCUUCUUUUUCUGCAGCAUUGCUUCUAUGAUCUUAGGAGCACUGGCCGCCAUGGCCCAAACGAAAGUCAAAAGACCUCUAGCUCAUAGUUCGAUUGGACAUGUAGGUUAUAUUCGUACUGGUUUCUCAUGUGGAACCAUAGAAGGAAUUCAAUCACUACUAAUUGGUAUAUUUAUUUAUGCAUCAAUGACGAUAGAUGCAUUCGCCAUAGUUCCAGCAUUACGGCAAACCCGUGUCAAAUAUAUAGCGGAUUUGGGCGCUCUAGCCAAAACGAAUCCUAUUUCGGCUAUGACCUUCUCCAUUACAAUGUUCUCAUACGCAGGAAUACCCCCGUUAGCCGGCUUUUGUAGCAAAUUCUAUUUGUUCUUCGCCGCUUUGGGUUGUGGGGCUUACUUCCUAGCCCUAGUGGGAGUAGUGACUAGCGUUAUAGGUCGUUUUUAUUAUAUACGCUUAGCGAAAAGAAUGUUUUUUGAUAGACCUAGGACAUGGAUUCUAUAUGAACCAAUGGAUCGUGACAAGUCGUUACUACUAGCAAUGACUUCCUCUUUCAUUACUUCAUCCUUUCCAUAUCCCUCUCCCUUGUUCGAUCUUACUCAUCAAAUGGCACUCAGUUCAUAUCUAUAAGUUCGUUCGAUCAUUGACAAGGUUCAAAGAAAGGGUGGGCCAUUCACCAUGAAGGCUAAAAGCGAGAUAGGCUUUACUGGACAUUUUCGCUUACAAAGGCGAAGACAAUUCCGCGUUUUUUCAGCCGAUUCUCCGAAAUUUAAGACAAUUAUCCUCACUCAAACUUCAAAAAGUC